GUUUGAAACAGGACUGAACAUUUACUAAGAGCUGCCUUCAACAGAACAUCAAGAUAAAACAGCUUUGAAAUCCCAGUGAGCAAAUCCAGAUUCCAACAGAAAAUAACAAAAUUCCAACCAGAAAUACCAACAAAAUAAAUUCAUGCAUGAGAGGAAAAAUGCAGUGGGAUUUAUUUCUGGUUAUUUUGUUCGUUCAGCCCAAUAUGAUGGUCUGUCAGCUUUAUGAGUAUCACUACAUUAGAGAGCUAAAGACCUGGACUGAAGCUCAGCAGUACUGCAGAGAGAACCACACUGACCUGGCCACAGUGUCUAACAUGGCAGACAUGAAGAGACUCCUCAAUAACUCAGCAGGAAACAUGAAUGAAGCUUGGAUUGGUCUGUAUGAUCAGACAGAUGGUGACAGAACAUGGUACUGGUCUCUGCCUGGAGUGGAGUUCAAUGAGACAAACUGGAAACCAGGAGAACCAAAUGAUAUAAGAACUGAAAACUGUGGGAUUAUAAGUAAUCCUCUCAAAUGGGGAGACGUAUCUUGUAACACUAGACUUCAUUUUAUUUGCUAUAAUGAAAGUAAAACACCAGAGAAAUUCUACUUGAUUAAACAAUCGAAGACCUGGCUGGAAGCUCAGAGUUACUGCAGAGAGAAACACACAGAUUUGAUCAGUGGAAUAAAGGAGCUACAGGGAGAACAACUGAAGAAUGUUCUAUCUGUAGAUAUUUGGGUGUUUAUUGGUCUGUUCAGAGACACCUGGAAGUGGUCAGAUGGAAGCAGCUUUUCUUUCAGACACUGGAACCUUCAGUUUAAUGAUGAGAAAUACAACAGUGGUCAAUGUGCCAUGACUGUGUUUGAUGAUGGAGGCAGAUGGAAGAAUGGGGACUGUAAAGAGAAAAAACCUUUUAUCUGUUAUGAUGAUAAUCUGGUCCUGGUCCAAGAAAAGAUGAACUGGGCGAAUGCCUUAUCCUACUGCAGGGAACACUACCAUGAUCUGGUCACCAUCAAAACCCUUGAACAGCAGAUAUUGGUCCAAGAGAAAGCCAAGAAGGCAUCGACUCCUUUUGUCUGGUUAGCACUGCGCUAUAACUGCACUAAGAAGUUCUGGAUCUGGGUUUGUCCUGAGGGAGUCACUGAGAGAACCAUGAACUCAGAUGGAGAGGUCGAUGACUGUAACAUCUCUGGAGCCAUGGACACUGGAGGACAACAUAAGUGGUUCCAAAUAAAUGGUGGAGAGGAGUUUAAUUUUAUUUGUUCUAAGAUUUAAGGUUGCACAUCUUUUAUCUUUCACCUCAUGUAUCAGUAAUGGGCUUUGUUACAGUUGUAACCAUUAAAAAUGUCCCCGUUUUCUUCGAUGGGCUUUUGGCAGAUCCUUGGCUUUUACCCUUCUAUCCCUUUUUAAACAUAAAUCUUUGUACUAAAAUAUUCUUUCUGUCAUGAUUUGUGGAGAUUAAGAUUUAAAGAGAGGCAUUAUCUGGGGAGUGGUGGCCUAGUGGUUAGGGCAUAGGGCUUUGAAUCCUGAGAUCAUCUAAUCUACCCCACUCCCCCAGACUGCCACUCUGGGUCGCUGAGCAAGACCCUUAACCCCACACUGCUCCCUGGGUGCCGCACAAUGGCAGCCCACU